GCAAUCCAAAUUCGUUUUGCAGCGUUUCGUUUAGGUUGGCGGAAAAGAAGAAUUCUAGCUACCUGCAGCUAUCAAUGUCUGAAGACGUACCAUUAGCUGUAUUGAAAGCUCGAUCUGCAUCUCCAACGAAAGUGCUAUCAAAGCAACGCAAAAGUAGGAAAAGGUCAUUUUGGCAAUCUGAUAGUGAAAUUGGCAUAGACGGCUCAAGGCAAGUGGAAGCGUCGAAACGAAAAAAAAGCGACAAGAGAAAACUGAGUAAACGCAAAUCAGAACAGGUUGAGCACAAAUUUUUAAUUGGUGGGGACAUAUCAGACCCUCUGAAUCUGAAGACAGAUGAAUUGCCUGGUGUUGAUGACGUUGACGUUAGUAGCAGCUCACACCGUGAAGAUGAUCAUUACAUUCCCAGAGUACCACACCUACAAACAGAUCCGCUUCAACUUGAAGAUUCCGUUGGAUCAGAUCAGCUGACCUCUAAAGAACAAAAGUCAAAGAAAAAACGAAAAAGGAAACGUAAAACUAGCGAAAGUCAACGCGAGGAGACAAAUGACAGAGUGUGUGUAAUAAAAUCUGCAAUCAAUGAGUGUGAGGAGCCUGAAAUGACUGAAGCAGUAAUAAGAACAACAAUAACUUCUUCAGUUGAGAUAAAGAAUACACCAGCAGAUAGCAGGAUUUUGUUGGAUGUUUGUAAACCUGUAACAAGCAAACUGUCUUAUGUAAGUAGUGCUCGAAAGUUUAAAGAACAAAAUGCAUGUCGAUUUCGAUAUGGAAACUAUUACCGUUACUAUGGAUACAGAAAUCCUGGUGGCAUGCAGGAUGAGAGACUUGCAAAGUUGAAGCCAGAAUGGUUUGAAGGAAAGAAAUGUCUUGACAUUGGGUGUAAUGUUGGUCACUUUACUCUUUGCAUUGCUCGAGAUUUCAAACCGAAACUAGUCAUUGGAUUGGAUAUUGAUGGUCACUUGAUCAGCAUAGCAAAGAAAAAUAUACGUCAUUAUCUUUCUCCCAUGACAUGUGACGUGGACGGGAAGCAAGUGGAGUUUCCAUUGUCACUGGUGAAGUCAUUUGGACCUAUUGCAGGAUUUCCUUUGCCUGGAAAAGAAAGAGAUGGAUAUUUUCCUAGCAAUGUGAAAUUUCAAGCUGGUAACUGGGUUGUCAAAACUGAUGCUCAUCUUGGAGAACAGAAGGCUGAGUAUGACGUUGUAUUAUUGUUGAGUACAACUAAAUGGAUACAUUUGAAUUGGGGAGAUGAGGGACUGAAGAGAGCCUUUAAGAGAAUCUUUCUUGCUCUGAAACCAGGUGGUAUCUUCAUUAUGGAACCACAAGAACUCAGGUCGUAUAAGAAAAAGAAGAAAUUGACGUCUGAUAUGUUUGCAAAUUACAAAGCAAUGCAGCUCUAUCCAGAUCAGUUCUCAGACUACUUGCUGUCCGAAGUGGGUUUUUCCAGCAGCCAGGAAUUGCGAUCAGUGGAUUCAGGAUGUAAAGGUUUCACUAGACCAAUCUUGCUGUAUACAAAACCAGAUGAAUCACAACUUUAAUUAAUGGUUACUAAAUAGUAAAAUGUUAUAAUGAUGAUGCUAGCACAUUGAUGCAACUUAAUAUGUUGUUCUACUUUGCUGAUUUUGUUAGAGUCAGUAGUUUCUCUCUUUAGGCAUCAGAUGUGGGUCUAGUAACAUUUAUUGAGUUGUGAACAGGCGACCACACGAUAUCUUAUUGCUUUGGACAAAUUACAAUGGCUGUUGUGGUAGUAGCAGCUCCCUUUGUAUUGGUGGUAACUACAUGUUUGUACAACCAUUUAGUUAUGGGUACUUGCCAAAGACUCGAGAGUGUCCUAUUAUUUCAGCCAGUGAUAAGACAGUUAGCAUGAUUGCUAAAUUGGCUAUUGACCUGUCUUUAUUGCGUGGAUUGCUGUAUAACUAGUAAAUGAAGCUGUGUUUACACCGUCGCUUCACAGCUACGAG